AUGGCUAGCAAUGACCAUAAGCCCGAGCAAAGACCGGCUGCGAGUGCUGCUGCUGCUGCUUCUGCCAGUCAGCAAGAUGACGAGCCGGAUGAAUGGGACAAGCGAAUCUUCAGCACUGGAUGUGCCGAUGAGAAUGCCAAGUUGACCGACUGUUACUAUGAGAAGAAGGACUGGAGGCUUUGCAAGAACGAGGCAAGUGAAUAUCUUACCUUUUGA